UUAAAAGCUCGAAAAGCUCUUCGCUUUUCAAUCGCUCCCUCUCUUUUUCAGCAUAAUUGUUUCCAUAAUUGGAUUGGAAGGAGGAAUUUCGCAUUAUUUCUAGCGAUUAUGGGAGGGCGGCGAUGGUUGACGGUGUUGGUUUUGAUGUUUUUGAUUGGGGUUUCUGAAGGGAGAGAACUUAAAUUAAAACAUUAUGAUUACAGUGAUGUCUACAACAGUACUCUUGCUAGGAUACUUGUGGAAUAUGCAUCUGCAGUUUACAUGACUGAUCUAACUGAGUUAUUUACAUGGACAUGCUCAAGGUGUAAUGAUAUGACGGAGGGGUUUGAGAUGGUAGAGCUUAUUGUUGAUGUCCAGAACUGCUUGCAGGCAUUUGUUGGCAUUGCACAUGAUCUUAAUGCCAUUGUUAUUGCAUUCAGAGGCACCCAAGAACGCAGUAUACAGAACUGGAUUGAAGAUCUAUUUUGGAAACAACUUGAUCUGAACUACCCAGAAAUGCCUGACGCAAUGGUGCAUCACGGCUUCUAUUCUGCUUACCAUAACACGAGUCUACGUCCUGCGAUUCUGAAUGCUGUUCAAAGGAUCAUGGACUUAUAUGGAGAUAUUCGCGUAAUGGUAACUGGGCACUCAAUGGGAGGAGCAAUGGCUUCUUUCUGCGCACUUGAUCUCACAGUAAACUAUGGAAUUAAAGACAUUCAGCUGAUGACAUUCGGGCAGCCUCGUAUUGGCAAUACUGCUUUCGCCUCAUAUUUUGGAAAACACGUACCACACACAGUUCGAGUAACAAAUGGUCAUGAUAUGGUGCCACAUCUACCACCCUAUUAUUCUUAUUUCCCGUCAAAGACCUACCAUCACUUUGCAAGAGAGGUAUGGUUGCAUAAUAUUGGGCUAGGUAGCCUAAUCUACAUGGUCGAGAAGGUCUGCGAUGGCUCUGGCGAAGACCCGCAUUGCAGCAGAUCGGUCUCCGGGAGUAGCAUAUCAGAUCACACCAUGUACUACGGUAUUGAGCUGGAAGGCGAUACUUGGGGAUCUUGCAGAAUUGUAAUGAGUAAACAUAUUGCCGAAUACCGCUUGGAUCCCGCCGGAAACAUUCUUUUAUCAAGGGAACCGACAUUGCAAUCAAAUCUCCGACUAAGAGCGCAAACCAAUGAUAGACUCAGCUCUGUGUAAUAUCAUUUAUCAUCAUCACCACAUGAUUUGAAGGAUUUUCAAUUGUGAAUCAAAGGUGAGGAGUUGAGAAAACUCUACUCUUGCCUUUGAAAAACAAAGAAGCUUGUGAUGUUGUGGAUGGAGGAAUAGAACUUUUGUAUAUAUUUGUACAUAAACAAAUAAUGUAAAAGUUGUAUAUAUAUAAAUAUAUUUACACAGACACACACUGACGCUAAGAACAUUCAUUCUUGUAUUUCUUAUUUUUUCAAUGCAAAUAUUUUGCAU